CGACGGGAUAUCAGAUACCUCACUCUCAGGGAGACUGACACCUUCCAGGUCCUGCUGCCGGUGCCGCUUUCUCAGCUUUGCUUUCCUCUGAUUCCUCUGAUUCCUCUUCUUCCUCGACGUUGAGAUCGACCUCCUCCACGGAGUCUUGGGGCAUGAAGCGGGCACGGGCCUCCCUCGCCCGCUGGCGUGAGCGGGACUGGGGGGAGUAGAGGCCUGUGAACUUGACGUAGCCCAUCAUUUCGUUCAGCUUCUCCUGGUACUCCCGGCCUUUUUGCUCCACUACCAUCAGCGAGCGGUGGGCCUGACCCAGCUCCUGGAAUGUAUGUCGUUGGUUGAAGAGACACAGUGCCAUCAAUGCAAUGCCCCGCUGUGCCGGGCCUGCUCGCUUACCGUGUCUUUCGUCUUCAGCUCGGCCUUCGCCUUGCUCAGCCUUUGCGACAUGAGUGUCUCGCCUCUCCGAUACUUUUCCCUGUCACUCCUGAGCUUGUCCAUCUCCUGCUCGAUCUCCUCGAUGACGCUGCGCUGCUUGGCUAUCACCUCCCGCAUGCGGCCCAUCUCAUUCUGCGCACGACGGAGGGGAGUAACGGGCUCCCCCGCCUCGUCACGCUCCGCCUCUUCGCCCUUGUAGGAGGGAUCGCGGCCUGAAGCCAGCGGACGCAAGGUGCGACGUAUGGACAGGUGACAGAUGGACUUAUGUGUACCGGUGGCGUCUUUGUAUUGUUUCUCGCACAAGGCGAGCCGCUCCUGGAGCAGUCCGCACCGCUCGUUGGCCUCCCGCACUUCCUUGUCCUUCUGCUGCAUCCGCUGGCCCAUCUUCUCCAUCUCUGCAAGGGUGAAAGGGGGCACAGGGCUGAGAGGAGACACGUUCAUAGCUCUGGGACAGGUCGAUUGCUCUGUCUCUUCUCAGAUGUGACCUUUCUCCAGCCUCUUUUCGAACUCCUUCUGCUGCUGCUCGAGCGUCUGAUUGUGCCCCGUCAACUCGCUGCAUGCACAGAAGACAUCCACAAUCACACCCAUCGGUCCCUCUGGCUUCCCUCCCGGCGCAACUGACUCGACGCGGUUCUGCAGUGUCUGUAUUUGCUGCAGGAGGCGGUCCACCUCAGUCUGAGCCCCAUUGCCCUCGCCAUUUCCCGCACCGCCAUCUGCGUCGCCCUGCAACACACCCGAAUGGCAUACAGCACUGGCGCCGCCAAUUAGAGGUGCAGACUGUGCAAGUAGCCAGCCGAUUCCGUGCCUCACUCACCGAUGGUGGCCCCCCGCCACCAGCAGCUGCUGCCAUUGCAAUGGGGCAAGGCGAUGGGUGCGUCUUGCGCUGCACGAAACCCGAGUGGCAGACGACUUUCAGUUCCCGAGGGACGGAGAAGCCAAUACACGGCAGUGCAGGUACCCCCUCGCAGCCGAGAGGAGGGGGCGAACGGAGAAACCCUGGACCUUAGCUUGCAAACCCUACCCUGACCAU